AUGGGGAAGGGUAAGGCUAUUGUUGCAAAACAACCUAAGGAAAGGAAUUGUAUUUUUUUGAAUCAAGUUAACAAAGAAUCUACGGGCCCGAUUGUUGUCAUGAUUCGUAGGCGGUGGGAUGUGAUAAGUGUGAAGAAUAAGUAUAUGAGUACGGACUACAUCAUCUCUGAUGCAAAGGGGAAUGUCCUUCAUUGUUUUGUCAAGGCCGCGAUUGCUUACCGUUUCAAGUCCCUGCUGGAAGAAGGUUGUUUGUACAUGAUGAAUGACUUCACUGUGCUGUCGAAUCCUCCAAAGUACAGUAUCAUGAAAGAUGCUGAAUUCAUGAUCGAGAUUGAUGGUUCAACUUUAGUGACAAAGCAAACUGCUGAUGUUGAUAUGUUUAUUCGACACCCGUUUCAGCUGACGUUACAAAAGUCAACAGGAUCCCAAACUGUUGAGUUUAACUUGACUAAUGAACGGGGAUUCCAGUUGAGGGUGACUCUAUGGGGUGGACUGGGUGACAACAUGGUAGCAAAGAAAAGAAUGAAUCCUGGUGUUUACGUCAUAUUGCUGACUUGCAUGAGUUCAAAGGAGUAUCUAGGUAACCUUUGCCUUUCAAGUUCGUCUUCUACGUUGUUGAUUGAUGAUGAGAACAUUCCUGCAAUUAAAUCAUUUAAGGCUGCUCUGAGUGGUGUUGAAAUAGUCGACACGGGUGUACUCCUCCUGCAGGUCAAAGCUACAAUAUCAAGUCUCCAUGACCUCAUUGAAUGGGGUCGUACUAAAAGCAAGAAAGAGGCUGGUGCUUACCAAGGCUCCAUUCAGAUAACGAAUGUGAGAACUAGAAAAGGUUGGUUCACUUAUACCUGUACUUCUGCAAAAUGUAGAAAGAGCAUGGAGAUGAACCCGAGUAACGUGUUCUGGUGUGACUUAUGUAACAAUGAGGUGAAGUAUCCACGUCCAAGGUAUCGGCUGCAACUUGAGAUAACUGAUGGGACUGCAGAUUUGGUGGUUGUUCUCUUUGAUGAAGUAGCGGAGAAAUUGGUGGGACAUCCAGUCCGCGCACUCAUUACUGAGGCAGAACAGGAUGAGACAGGUACUGCUUUUGUUCUGCCUUCGGUUUUGCAUGAGCUUAUUGGAACAAGCCAUGUGUUUGAAAUCAAGACCCAUAGUUACUUUCAUGCUGGAAACAUCGUCGUUCAUGGUAGUGAGCCAAAGGUCGAUGCUCAGGCAUCCUCAUCAAACACUAUGCUGGACAAAAUCUUGGAUAUACCAACUCCUGCAAACAAGAAUGAAACAAGCCGGAUUAAAAUGUCUUCAUAUGGCAGAUUUGAUGAUGAAACUGAUAAAGAACCGAGUAGAGCGCAUGGAAGAAAAAGGGACAUGGAAAACUUUGAAGCAGAAACGGUUUUGGAAGAACUUCCAAAAGUCAAGAAACAAGCAUAA